CCUGACGCCAUCUUUAGUUAUCGCAUUCACUUGAGUACGUUGUGUUGAGUUAAAAAUGGACCAUCAAACUAAGGAAAAAAGGAAUGAAUAUGAUGAUAAUUGUGAUAGAAAUGACGACCAACAAGGUCUCUUGGACAAAGACCCACAACAACACGUGCAUAAUGAUAAUAUACCAAGACAACCUGUCACUCGACGUGGUCCACGCAAAAACAGCCAUUUUUUCAAGAUCCAAGAACUUCGUAACAGACCAGAGAAAAAAAUUAGAAUGGCUAUGAAAGAAAGGAUGUCCAAGAUGCCAGAUAUUGCUGGAAACACACAAGAUAGUAAUCAUUAUAGUAAGCAAAGGAAAGAUAAUGGUCCUAGAAAWGUUUUUUUGUGGAGAAGACCAUUGRCCAAUGUARAUACUUUACCUUAUCCUGCAGAAGGCGUUAAUGUGGUAUACAGUAAUGACCCAGCUGAUGCCGAGUCUUGGCUAAAAAACAAUGUUAUUGAUGCUGAAGCUAAUGCUUUAGGCUUGGACAUUGAAUGGAGACCUCAGUUUAUUUCAAAGAAAAACGGAGGCACAGAAAACAAGACUGCUGUUCUUCAGCUGGCUGUCGAAGAUUCAGUUCUUGUGCUUCAUCUAUUUCACAUGAAAUCAUUCCCAAAAUCCCUCUCUGAAGUGUUGGCAGAUAGAAAUGUAUUGAAAGUAGGGAGUGGCAUUAAGGGCGAUGUUAUAAAACUAAUCAAAGACACUGGAAUGUUAUGUGAUGGAAGAGUGGAUACCCAAGAUUAUGCAAAAGCUCUUGGAAUAGAUCAAGGUACUGGACUGAAAAGACUUUCCAAAAAAGUUCUUGAUAUUGACUUAAACAAACCAAAACGAAUAAGCUUAAGUAAUUGGGAAGCUUUUCCUUUAAGGAGAGAUCAAAUCACUUAUGCAGCACUUGAUGCUUGGAUAAGUYUGAAGCUCUACAUUAAGCUGAAGGACCAACUGGCCAAAAAAAAUGAAGAUGAUUCUAAACCCCAAGUGAUACAUAUAGGAGUUGAUAAACCUGAGAUUUCCAUAAAAUCUCACACUUGUCAAGGGUGCAGUGAAACUUUACCAACCAAAGGCAAGCUUUACAGGCAUAAGAUAAGAUGUGUACUCUUCAAUGCAAUGCGGGUCAAAGUUUCAUCAGCUGGAAACAAUCCAAACAGCCAGUUAUCAAAUGAACAACCAAAUUCUGAUCAAUUUGUCAACCAACUGGAAGGAGGCUUGUUGGGCAAGACUCUUCAUGCUGGUGCUUCAAGUUCUGGCUACUCUGGUACAUCUAAACAGUCAGAAGAGAGUGCARAGGUGGAUGUCAUUGUCUGUCCUGUUUCUGAGUGUAGAGUGAAGUGUCAAGGACAAGAUGGUUUAACAGAACAUAUAAAAAUAUCCAGACAUGCUUGCUGUCAAAAAUGUGGCAAAGUAUUCAGGUCAAAAGUCUCAAGACAUCACAGGAAACUACAUUAUUCUCAAAAGGAAGAUUUAUCAAAACCAUUAAAUUGAUCUUGUUUUUAUU